CGGUCGCUGCUGAAGUUCCUUGUCUGUGUGCGCGUGUGGGUCUCGCGCUCUUGUUUGUUUAAUCGGAGCGCGAGCGACUGAGCAUCUCGUCCUUCGAGAUAUCGAACCGAACCGUGUUUUGUUUUGUUCGUUUAGCUCGGAUUCCGGUGACGUAGCGAUAGAUUAGGGCUUCCCCCUACAGAGAGAGAGAUGUCAGCAGGAGAGUGCGGCUUCUCCAGUGAGGAGGUGCUGAGCGCGCGCUUCCCGCUGCAUCGCGCGUGCAGGGACGGAGACGUGCUCGCGCUCAGCUCGCUGCUCCACAGCGACACAUAUCGAGCAGCGCUGCAGACCGAGGACUCGUUUUACGGCUGGACCCCCAUUCACUGGGCCGCUCACUUCGGCAGGCUGGAGUGUAUGAUGCAGUUGGUGCAGGCAGGUUGUGGUGUGAACUCCUCGACAUCGCGUUUCGCUCAGACUCCAGCUCACAUUGCAGCAUUCGGUGGACACCCGCAGUGCCUGAUGUGGCUCGUGCAGGCUGGUGCUGACCUCAACAGGCAGGACUAUGUUGGAGAAACCCCCAUUCACAAGGCGGCACGUGCUGGUAGUGUUGAGUGUAUUAACACUCUCCUGUUCCAGGGAGCGAAAGCUGACUUGAGGAACGCUAGUGGACUGACUGGAGCCGACCUAGCCCACGCCCAGGGCUUCGCAGGGUGCGCUCAACUGCUGUCCAACGCCCAGAACCAGCAGGUGUUCGGCUGUUUUAACGGCUUCUCCACCAAUAACUCUGUGGAGCGGAUGCGUGGCUUCCUUAACGGCACACCCAGUAGAAAGCGCUCGCUCAAUUGCAUCGAGUCCAGUCAGUUUAAAAAGGCCAGAACCAGCGAUCUGGACCUUCAGAUGAAGCUUAGAAACGAGAUGAACAGCCCUGGCACAGAGAACCUGAUGGACACAGCGCACACACAGUUCGGACCAGCGCUGAGCAGCACCACAGGUGGGAACGGAUCCAUAACCGGGUCAUUUGCCCCCACCGGCUUGGUGGAGCAGAACGAGGGGCUACGGAUGGAGGACUCCACCUCGGCUCCUAAAGAGAUGGAGAUCUUCACUGUGGCUGCAAUGCAGAUACCCUGCCGCUGCACUAACUCCUAUGCUUACCUGUAGGCCUUAGCUGGGCUGGUGGGGGAGUUUUAUUUUGGUGGGGUGUGUGUGUGUGUGUGAGAUCUGAUGAGGGGAUAAAUAGUUUGUUUUUAUUGUCAUUGUUUUUUAUUUUAUAAUGCGGAUGUCGGUUAUUACCCUAGAUACGAAAAAUUAAUUUUGAAUUUACAAGAACCGUGACAUCCAUUAAAAUACAUUUUAAAACGCAUAUAAAACGUACGAAAUCAGGUGAGAGCGUGUAAAAUUUUUGGUGUAGAGAUCAGUUUAUUACAUGACUUCAUAUUGUUACUGAUGGUUUAUAGUCACAUUAUACCGUAUUUGUGUCAAUCUCACACCAAUUUAACAAAAAAACCAUUGAAAUGCAUACAAAAAACGCACAUGCUGCAUCGGCUGAGACGAUUUUGAACAAACUGAGGAAAAACCCCAGGCUUUCAAUGAGGACAAAAUUACUGGCACCUUAUAAACGGAGUGGAAGAUGCAUAAUAAUUUCCCUGAUUUGGUCGUUUUUCUGUUUCCUCCCCCUCCUCACGUGCGACGUGUGAGGAAUUCAGUAAAUGAGGAAUGACCUUUACUUUAAAUGAUCUUAAUCCCUAACUAUAAAUGUAUUAAUCAUUAAUGAAUGUAGCUUUGAUAUAUUUAUGUUUAUAUUUACAACGAUGUUUAAUCCAAAUUCUUCUUCUUGAUUUAUAUCAUUUUCUGUAUUUUUUUUUUACAUGUCUGUGACUAAAAGGGAAAUAUAUGUUUUUAUAGCUUUGAUGGCCAUUGAGUUGUUAAACAAGUUCAUUUGCAUUAACAGAAACACGUACGUGAGCAUGAAGUUAAAAUAUAAGAUAAUACACAUUUUCAGUGCAUGGCAGAUAGUUUUCAGGAAGACGAAGCACUCGCUUGUAUGUAUGUGUUUAUUACUCUGUUUUAUCAUUAAAUUUCUCAGCCUGAUGUGUGACGUGUUUUUUUUAGUUUGUUGCUCAUCUUUAAAUCUCGGGUAGUUCCGGAGCAGAAGUGAGAGAGAUCUGCUUUACUAAACCCUGUUCAACUCUUUCAACUAACAUCCUAUUUUUGCUCUGAAUGCUGGAAAUCUUAAAAAAAAAAUCUGAAUAAAUAAUUAAUUAAA